AAUACAUGUAAAGAAAAGAAGACAACAAGACAACAAGACAACAGCGAAGUUCUUGCUAGCUAGAGCCAGCAUCUCAAAGAAGACAGUGUCCUCUUCUUAGUAGGAUGCCUCCAGGUGAAGAAGAAUGUCACAAAAACGGAACUAGUAACCCAGAAACAGGGUCGAAAUGGAUCAAUGAUUUCGAGCUCCUGACCAUGGACGAAUACCUGGACCAACCAGAUCUGGUCGAUAGUCAUGGGGAUGCCAGCUUUACCGGUGUGUGGGAUGCUGCCAAGGAAUUGGCCGAAUAUCUCUUGACCAAUACCAAAACCAAUACCAAUACCAAUACCAAUACCAAUAUAGGAUCUCCCACCAGGAUUUUGGAAUUGGGAUCUGGAACUGGUUGGUUGGGAAUCACUCUGGCCCGGAAUGGAUUUGGAAACAAUAAAAGUAAGGAUACCUCGAUUAUUGUACUGUCGGAUAAUCCACACAAUGGCGCCGUCCAAUGGACCCAACGAAACCUGGACGCGGCCAAAACGGUACAACAGUUGCCUCAUUUGGACAAUGUACAAGUGGUGCCUUUGGAUUGGAACGAUGUGGCUCAAAUUCGACAUGUUGCAAAGAUGCAGCCGUGGGAUCUGAUUAUUGGAUCCGACUUGAUUUAUACCGAAGAGGGAUGUUGUGCUCUGGCCAAAACCAUGGCCGAACUGCUGAACCAACAACAACAACAAUCCACAACCAAUAAUAAAUGCCGCAUCCUCUAUGCCCAUUCGCAAGGACGCAUGCCCGAGUUGGACGUGCUUUGGAAACAACAGCUUCAGUUGCAAGGCUUGACCUUCCAGAUUGUCGCUUCGAAACCACAAUCCUGGCAAAACAAAGAUCGCACAAUUAUCAUUGGGGAUAUUGGGCUUGUUAGCUAGCCACUGCAACUACCAAGUGAUGAACCGUAAGUUGUGACGUUGCGAAAAUAAAAAAGGCUCCGGUCGGCCUCUUGGGUUUUUCUUUGAACAGAUCUGAUAGAUGCCUUCAGGGCUCACCUGUCAGCGCAACGAAGGGUUGAUUAGCACUACGGCAUUAUAACUACACUGACAACGGCGAGUCAAAACUUGCUCGACAAGUUGAACAUACGAAAAUGCUGAUGAUCUACAAUACUACUAGAAAAGAGAUAGGUUGUUUUGUUUUUUGUGUUUUGCGAUAUCUAUAGGGGAAAUUAUAAAAUAAGAGUCUACUCCGCAAAGUAUUUGAUAAUAAAUAGAGUGCUCAUUGUUGAAUCUACUAGCUAGUUGAGCCAUUCGUGGUCCAGUGCUUCGGCUGCUGUGGCCCUGUAUUUUGCAUUAAAGACCAAGAGGUUUCGAAACAGGAGGUCAUGCAGCAAUC